GGAGGCUCGCGCUCGCACGGCCGCAGUACCGCAGUCUGCCGGUAGGGUGCGCGCAGCAGCUCCGCGUCAAAAUGAGUGUCCCCGGAGCUCCAGUCGGCAGUGACUGUUGAGGUUACAGCCUUCCCAGUUCCUGUUUCCGCCACAGCCUCUCGCCACAUUUCUCCUCCGCUGCCUAUAGGAAAGGCUGCAGGCUUCGGACGCGGAGGAGCGGCGGCGGUUCCGUGCAGGGAGGAGCGGACGGAAGAAUCUGGAGGAGGACGGGGAGCCAGGGAGGCCACCGGGAGGCCGGGUCGUCGCAGAUGGCCGGGGCGGAGCCGUAGACCCACGGCGCAUUCGCGAGGACAAAGAGAGGGGUGGAUCAGCAAGCGGUUGAAGAGGCCAAGGAUGAGGCAACAGCUGGCACCAAUAGAAAGGCCAUGAGUUAAUAGGGGGGUGGGGAGAAAGUGCACCGAGCGACGACCCACCCCAGGCGUUUAUCUGAACCCCACCCUGCUAUCCCCUCUCGAGCUGUGGUCCUUCCCCUGCCACCCAGCCUCCUCCACCCUCCCCCGCAGCAGCGAGGAUGCCCCUGGAUGUAGCCUUGUGACAGCAACGCGCUCAACCCUCGACCGUGCCCACUUGGGGGAAAGAUGCGCCCGUGGGCAGGCUCCUGGCGCUGGGUGGCGCUGGUGCUGCUGGCCUGGGGCACGCUGCUCUUCUACAUCGGCGGCCACUUGGUGCGCGACAACGAGCAUCCCGAGCGCUCCAGCCGUGAGCUCUCCAGGAUCCUGGCCAAGCUGGAGCGCCUCAAGCAGCAGAACGAGGACCUGCGGCGAAUGGCCGAGUCCCUCAGGAUUCCGGAGGGGCAGGCCGAGGUGGGCCCCGCAGCAGCCGGACGCCUCCGCACCCUGGAGGAGCAGCUGAUGCGAGCCAAGGAAAAGAUCGACAACUUCCAGAGGCGGUCCGUGGAUGCAGGUCCGGGGAAGAACCAAGAAGUCCUGCGCAGGAAGAUCGAGAACGGCGUGCGGGAGCUGUGGUACUUCGUGCGCAGCGAGGUGAAGAAGCUGAGCCACCUGGAGCCGGCCGAGCUGCAGAGACACACGCACAUCCUGCUGGAGGACCUGGGUCACCAGCAGAGGUCCAUCAUGACGGACCUGAACUACCUCAGCCAGGCAGACGGUGCUGGGGAAUGGAGGGAGAAGGAGGCCAAGGACCUGUCCGAUCUCGUCCAGAACCGGAUCACUUACCUGCAGAACCCGCCAGACUGCAGCAAGGCGCGGAAGCUCGUGUGCAACAUUAACAAGGGCUGCGGCUACGGCUGCCAGCUGCACCACGUGGUCUACUGCUUCAUGAUCGCCUACGGCACGCAGCGCACCCUCAUCCUGGAGUCCCACAACUGGCGCUAUGCCCCCGGCGGCUGGGAGACCGUCUUCCGGCCCGUCAGCGACACCUGCACCGACCGGGCCGGCGCCUCCACGGGUCACUGGUCGGGUGAGGCCAACGACCGGAACGUGCAGGUGGUGGAGCUGCCCAUUGUGGACAGCCUGCACCCUCGGCCCCCCUACCUGCCCCUGGCCAUUCCCGAGGACCUGGCAGACCGACUGCACCGUCUCCAUGGCGACCCCUCCGUCUGGUGGGUCUCGCAGUUUGUGAAGUACCUGAUUCGCCCGCAGGCCUGGCUGGAGAAGGAGAUUCAGCAGGCCACCACCAAGCUGGGCUUCAAGCAUCCCAUCGUUGGGGUCCACGUGCGGCGGACGGACAAGGUCGGCACAGAGGCGGCUUUCCACCCCAUAGAGGAGUACAUGGUGCACGUGGAGGAGCACUUCCAGAGCCUGGCACGGCGCAUGCGCGUCGACAAGAAGCGCGUCUACCUGGCCACCGACGACCCGUCCCUGCUGCAGGAGGCCAAGUCCAAGUACCAGGACUACGAGUUUAUCAGCGACAACUCCAUUUCCUGGUCCGCCGGACUACAUAACCGCUACACGGAGAACUCGCUAAGAGGAGUAAUCUUAGACAUCCACUUCCUGUCACAGACAGACUUCCUGGUCUGCACCUUCUCCUCCCAGGUGUGCCGCGUGGCCUACGAGAUCAUGCAGACGCUGCAUCCGGACGCUUCUUCCUACUUCCACUCGCUCGAUGACAUCUACUACUUCGGGGGCCAGAACGCCCAUAACCAAAUAGCCAUAUACCCGCACCAGCCGCGCGGCGCCGACGACAUCCCCGUGGAGCCCGGAGACAUUAUCGGGGUGGCCGGCAACCACUGGGACGGCUACUCCAAGGGCAUCAACCGCAAACUGGGCCGGACGGGCCUGUACCCCUCCUACAAGGUGAAGGAGAAGAUCGAGACGGUGAAGUACCCCACGUACCCCGAGGCAGACAAGUUGCUCCACCUAUAGGAAGAGCGAGGGGAGGAGACUUGGGCCCACGCUGGAGCACCCUCGCAAGGAGAGCCCAAAAACAUGAACCCUGAGCGAGAGGCCGCACUGCAGUUGGGAGCGUGCGGGGGGCCGCGUGCUUGUCCGUGGAGGGUCCUGACUCUGGCGCACGCGGGUCCCUUGCAGCUCCUUGGGAGCGCCUCCUUCGCUGCAUCGGGGUUGAGAAAUGAAGGAAAAAGGGAGGAAGGGUUCAGCCACCCGCCAGCACAGCCAACGACAUGAAGGGAUUGUGACUGAAGUCUUUAAGUUUAAAAAAAAAAAAAAAAAAAGGCAAAAAUAAGCAAAGACUGACUCGAGACUGAUGUCUGAUAUUGUUUGGAUCACUUCUGCGCGGGGAAAAAAAAACAUAUUUAUUUUUUACGUGUGUGUUUUUUGUUUUUGUUCCUGCGCAGAUUUUCGUUUCGUUUUUGUUUGUAUGCGUUUCUUGUUUUUUUUUUUUUUUUUCUGUUUUACCUUUCGUGCUCACCGAACGGAAAGUUCUGGCCAAAUUUUCUCACGCCCUACAGGCGUCUCCAUUAAGGAAGCAGCGUUGCUCACCUUCUCUUUCACUUGCUAUUAAUUUCACCGCUGCCACAUAGUGCUUUCACUGCGUGUUCUGAUUUUUCCCCCCCCGUGUAUGGAUGCAGACAUCCAACAUAGCUGACUGUGUAGGAAAUCACUUCCUUUUUCCUGCAUUGCGUUUUGUUUUACUCCUUUGGAUGGCAGCAGUGACAUUUGAACCUUUGGCCACCGGGCACCCUGCACAACAAUGUACUGCACAUCCUCUUUGGGCACAAAGAACAAAAGACUCCUUGGUCUUAUGACUCCAUUGUUUGUUUACCUUGAUCGUUUGUCUGCCUUUUUUUUUUUUUUUUGCAC